UUCAUCUACCGGAACCGCAGUGCUAAAAUAACGCCCAGCUAAGCUAACGGAGGCUAAAGAGUCCGAGAAGAAAACACGUUUUGUCCAAUUGUCCCCGAUCAGACGCUUUAUACAGUGUGUUAAUGAGAGACACACAGCACAGCGCUUGCAUCCGAUCUUCCUGAACGAGCAAAGACGUGCAGUAGAGGAAUAUGAAAGUCUACAAACCGUGUUAGCCGCACAGAGCCACACUCAGUGUGCGCACUCUGCUCCACAUCUUCUCAGAUCCCCCAUGUCUCACACGUUUAAGAGCUCACAGGAGAAAAAAAAAAACAGUCUCUGACAGAUGAUGGACACGCUGUGCAGCUCUGAAAUCCAGUGACAGUGUUACCUUCAGAUGUUCGUAAAGUGAUUAUCGGUGAAGAAGGGCAGCAGCAGUGGGGCCCCCACCUGGACCAACUGGACCUAGAGCACCCACACAUCAAAGAGGAGCGGGAGGAAUUUUGGAGCAGCCAGGAUGAAGAGCAACUUCAAGAUCUGCAGGAGAAGUGUAUGACUAAGUUCACAUUUAGUCCUGUCUCUGUGAAGAUUGAAGAUGAUGAGAAACCUCAGUCCUCUCAGCUUCAUCACAACCAAAAUGGAAUUACAGAAGCCAGGAACUCAGACCUGGAGAGCCAUGUACAGGCAGGUACUGACAGGACUUCAGAUUCUUCAGAGACUGAAAUCAGUGAUGGUGACUGGGAGCAGAACAGGGAACCUCAGUCAGGGCCAGACUCCCUGAAAAAUAAUGAAUUCACUCUUAUCGACAUUAACUGUAACGUUGAGCGAUCGUUCAGUUGUUCUGAAUGUGGUCAGAGGUUUGGCCGCAAGCCACACCUGAAGGCACACAUGAGAAUUCACACUGGAGAGAAACCCUUUAGUUGUUCCUUUUGUGGCAAAAGAUUUUCUCAGAAAGGAAACUCCAUCAGCCACAUGAGACUUCACACGGGAGAGAAACCUUUCAGCUGCUCUGUCUGUAAGAAAAGUUUCAGAUACAGUGGUGAUGUGAGCAGACACAUGAAGAUCCACUCAGGACAGAAAAAAGGUAGCAGCAAGUUUAGCGACAUUGUCGGCAAUAGCAUUCGUACAGGGUCAGAACCAGGCAGAAACUUACAUUCAAACUGUUAUUUACAACCAAGAAGUGAUGUUAAACCCCAAAAACCUGAGCCUGAAUCCAGCCAUGAAGUUUUAAAGGAAACCAGAGAACCUCCAUCACAUUUAAACUCUCUAAGGAGUGACAGUGUCACUCUAAGUGAGAUGAGAAGUACCGACAAGGAGACAUUUAGCUGUUCUGAGUGUGGCCGAAUAUUUUGCCGCAGAGACCACCUGAUCAGCCACAUGAGAACGCACACCGGGGAGAAACCUUUCAGCUGCUCAGUGUGUCAGAAACGUUUCAGCUGCAGCGGAAAUAUCUUGGCACACAUGAGAAUUCACACAGGAGAGAAACCGUUUAAAUGUUCAUUCUGUGGGAAGCGGUUUAGCCAGAAAGGAACUCUACAGCUUCACGUGAGAAUUCACACAGGAGAGAAACCCUUCAGCUGCCCUUUCUGUGAUAAAAGAUUUGCACACAAAAGACGCAUGACCCUGCACAUGUCUGUCCACACAGAGGAGAAGCGAUUCAGCUGCAGUGCAUGUGACAAACAAUUUACCUGGUAUACGCAGCUCAAAACACACAAGUGCAUUGGAGAACCGUCACAGCUUCGCCAGAACCAAACUGAGAAGAAAGUUUCUCCAAAGGAGUCCUUCAUCUGCACUGACUGUGGUAAAAUAUUUACCCUUAAAGGCAACUUGAAGACACACAUGAGAAUUCACACAGGAGAGAAACCGUUUGGUUGUUCAGUGUGUGGCAAGCAUUUUAAACAAAACGUGCACCUGACCGAGCACAUGACAAUUCAUACAGGAGAGAAACUCUACAAGUGUGGCAUUUGUGGCAAAGGAUUCAAUAAGAAGCUACUUGUUAAAAACCACACCUGUGUGUAAACAUAGACCAUUUAUCAGUCCCUGGUAACAUCCUAAAUCUGUGGAUUUAUAUUUACAAGACACUGAGUGAACAUUAAGGCUAUAACGGUUCACUGUACAUUUUUGAUUGAUGCAUAAGUGUUUGUCAUUUAUAUUGAAAAUAAUAAAGCAUUCAACAGAAUUCCUCCUGUACCAGUAAAAUGCUGGAUCCUGACAGUGAGACUGGGAUGAAGCAAAAAGUGCAACAUAAUAUUCAUAAUGAAAUUAAAGCCUUACAGUGCAGUUUUAGCAUUUGUCCAAGGAAACAAUUAAGUGGAUUUCAGCUUCUGAUGGAAAAAUAGAGGAUGGUUUUUUUUUUUCUGCAUGCAAACAAUUUGGCUUACUUUGUAAAUCAUUUUGUUUUAUUAAAUAUUGCUAAUAUAAAUGAAAAAAAUGUUCAGAUUGCUGCUGAAAAUAUCGAGUUUAAAAUAUGACAAUUUGGAUCGUUCAUGUCCACCCCCCUCAGAAUCAGCUGAUCUUUCUUCUGCAGUAAAUUUACCAUAUUUAAUGAAGCCAUCUUAAAUGUCACCUACAUACUAUGAAAAACUUUCUGAAUUGCAGAACCUUGGAGUAUGCCAGGGUGAAGGGUGUUUUUUUUUUUUCUUUCUAGUCUAUAUGAAACAUUCAUUGCUGGAAAACACAUUAGAGCUCUGUUAAAAUCUGCAACCAAAUUUGUUUUUUUUUCCCUCUAACCACCUGUGAGCAUUAGUAUGAUGGUUCCAUCACAGUCUGAAUGAACUGCAGCAGUUUAAUGUCUGUGACACAGAGGAACACAAACAAGCACUUGUGCCCUGAAUGUUUGCUCUGUUGCUUAUCAUUCACUGGAGAAAAUGUCAAAAAGUGCAUUCUGGGUUAAUUUUCAGGCUCAUAUCACGGUGUGAGACAGAACAGGUUAUAAAAUCAAUAAUGAAGUUGGCUUAUGGCUGUGAAAUCAUGUUCUGUAGAACAGUUUGGACAAAUCUCAUGAAACAGCUUCAGGUUCUAACAAAGUUUUUAUAAAUCCUGGAAGAUUUAGCAUCACAGAGGACUCAGGAUCAAUGUUCAGCUUGUGGGGAGCAUCUAGCUGCAUUUAUGCUCAUCCAUGCAUUUAUAGAAGAAAAUCAGCUGGUCCUGACAGGGUCAGGCACUCACUGAUUUUUUUCAUGUAAUUAUGCUGCUGAGAUUCUGAAAACUGCCCGACUCCUGAAUUUCUUUUUUAAAUAAU